CAUCACGAAAAGCCAACAACUCAGCAAACAACUUGUAUGAUAUGAUCAGCUUCGUUCAAAAGGGCAGAACCUCUACCAUUACCAUACUGUGUAGAUCCUGCAAAACCAAACCCACCCUCCAGUCCAAUAAGCCUGGCAUGUCAAAUAUUUUAUGAUGGAACUGCCGAUGUCACUUUUUCCGGUCUACAAUCGUUUUAAUUUGUCGUAUUACAGUUUCUUCGUUUUUGUCUGGGUAAGGGGGUUGGAUGAGAUCAUAACUUAUCUUUUACACAAUUGAAAGGCAGCUACACAAUUCUCUAGGAGAGAAACGACGCCCAGUUUGAAUUUGUUUGAUUUCAUGGCUGAUGGAUUGGUUUCAGACUUUCGGGUCUUUAAAUUUAAAAAUUCUAAAGCCAUUUCUUACGGUAAGUUUUGUUUUUUAUAUUGAUUCUGUUCAGUGGCUUCAGUAGGUGGUUAAGUUUUAAAGAAUAAUUAGAGUAAUGAUUUUGUGCUUUAAGUUAAAAUUAAAGUUUAAUAAAUUAAUUGAUGGAAACUAUAAAAAAAUAGGGUAAAGUUUAUUUCCAUCCCUGGUUCCCAAAUUCCAUCCCCAAUUAGUUUUUUUCUUCUUCUUAAUGCUAGUAAAUUCCAUUCCCAAUUCCCAAAUAUUGUUUCUUUUCAAUUGAUAUUUUUAACAUACGAACUAAUAAUUAAUGAGUCUGCAGAUUUAUCAUUUUUAUGAAUAAUUCGGCGUUUGAAAAAUAUAGACGAAUAAGGGUUUCUUUUACAACAAGAUUACAUAGCUGAUAUGUUUUGUUUUUCGUUUUUAAUCUCGAAAUGUGUGUUUAGUGAAAAAUAAGCUAGGGAAAAAGAUGCAUGCAUGAUAGAAUUUCUUGUUGAUAACUUGAUAUUGUAAUUAUAUACCUGGAACAUGAUACAUACAAAAUGUAGAUGGUAACAUUAAAAACAUUGUGUAUGGCUGAAUAAGUAUUUUCUUUGCAGUAAUAAAACUCCUUAAAAAAUUUAUUUGGCCCCCAAAAACAAAUAUGUUUCGUUCGCACACGUAUCAAAUGAAGUAUUUACUAACUAUAUUUUAUCAAUCAAUUAUGCUAGAGUUACCUACUUAAAGUUAGGUGGAAAUAAUUAAGAAUAUGAAACCUUUCUAAUCGAUAAUCAACAACUAUUUCACGCUAAUCUUACUUAAUACAAAUAAUAACUCUACAUUAACUCAUUUCACACUCUUUGUGUUUAGCUAGGAUGGUUAGGCUGGUACGUACCAAGUUUUCGGUCAUGCAUAUAAUUUUUUCACUCCGAUCGGCCGGCAAAUAUAUAUAUUCAAGUAAUUAAUGGAUAUCAGGAUGGUAAUUAGGAUGGUAGCUGGUACCUUGAUUAUCACGGCAUGGAUAUCACAGCUCGUGCUUCCGGCCAAGGAACCAGCUCGCCGCCGCCUUCAUCAGCUACCUGCUCACCACACAGCGACUUGGCUUCAUUGAUGAAGAAGGUGGGUGCAGAGUUCAUAGGAACUCUAAUCCUGAUGAUCGCCGGCAUCGGGACGGCCAUCGUCAACCAGAACAGCAAAGGUGGUUCGGCCACGCUGCAGGCGGCGGCUUCGGCGGGCCUGGCGGCGGCGAUCGUCGUCCAGUCGACGAGUCACAUCUCCGGUGCACAUCUCAAUCCGGCCAUCACCAUCGCAUUGGCCGCCUCCAGACGCUUCGCCUGGAAACAAGUGCCGUUGUAUAUCGCCACACAUGUUGCGGCAUCGAUAUCGGCGGCGAUGUUGCUGGCGGUGUUAUUUGGCCCCGUGAGAUCAGGAGCCGGAACCAACGUUCCCUCCGGAGGAAACCUACAAGCCUUCGCCUUGGAGUUUCUCAUAACCUUCAUUCUGAUGUUUGUGGUCUCCGCCGUCACUCACACCAGAACUGAACUGGGAGCGGCCACAAUUGGAGCUACCAUCAUGCUCAAUGUACUCAUUGCUGGGGGAACAACAGGAGGAUGUAUGAAUCCAGCAAGAGCUUUAGGCCCUGCUGUAGCUACUGGCAACUACAAAGGACUGUGGAUCUACCUCAUUGCACCAAUCGCUGGUGCUUUACUUGGAGCAGCAGCUUACGCUGCUGUACGAUUACGCACUAAUGGUGAUGCCACCAACGAACCUUCUUCAGCCGCCGCAAUGAGCAACGAGGGUUCAUAAUGCUCGUUGCUAGUCUGCUAUCUGCAUGAUUUUCAAU